AGCUCUUCGAUGCGGAACGUAGCGCAUGUGAUAUAGUUUUAAAAACAGCUGUUGGAUAAAGUUUAUCAAGUUUAUUUUCUUUUUGGAAGACAAUAUGGAUAAAAUGGACCCGAAAUUAUUGAAAGAGCAUGCUAGUUUUAAGAAGAGAAGUCUUGCUACCCCCUCAGUAGAAGCACGGAAAUCAAAAGACAAGUCAAAAUCGGGUAAGGAUGACUCUAACAAGAAAUCACAAAAGAGAACUUUUAAUAGUACAUUUUCCCAACCAAAAAAAACCAGUAAUACUUUCGAUUACAAGACUGUCACGCUCCGUACAAAAAAUCGUUUCGCUGUACUAGCCACUAUCGUUGACGAAAUGAAGAAGCGCCACCUUUGCGGUGAGUUUGAUCCGCUAUCACUCGACGAAAUAUUAGAUCGUAUAAAAUAUACCGACAUAGAUCCGAAUGACAAAAGUUGGUUGGCCAACCAAGCUUUGAGAGAAAAUAAAAAAUUGAGCGUCAAGGGUGGAAAAUUCGCAUUCAAACCGGUAUAUAACAUGAAGAACAAAAGGCAGUUUUUGGACGUUUUACAGCGACACUACAACGACGGCUUAGGGGGUAUGCUUUUUGAUGAUGUUGAAGAAAGCUUACCGUCUGCUGAGAGGAUCGUUCGAGGCACAACAGGGAAAGGGCUGGUUCUUACUGUAACCAGAUCAACCGACAAGAAAAUCGUUCUGUUUCAUAACGACGUUCAACACUCGAUGGAUGUUGACGAGAAAUUCAAGGAACUAUGGCGCCAUUCGAGUGUCGAGGGAAUGGGCGAGAGCGAUAUUGAAAAAUACCUUUUCAAUCACGGCAUUAGCGCCAUGAAAGAUUCUGCGUUAAGGAAGCCGUUGGUUGCAGCUCAAAAGAAAAAGCCCAUUCGUAAAAAGAAACAAUUCAAAGUUCAAAAUGUUCAUUUGGAUCAGGGACUUUUGAAAGAGUUUAAUAAUGUGCAGAAAUAGAAAUGGCAGAAAAAAUAUUGAUGUAUUACUUUGACCUCUAUAUUUGUAACUGGAUAGGCUAUUGUUUUGACCUUUAUAAGCUUAAAAUUUAAAAAUAAAUGAAAUAAUUUGAAGUUAAAUACAG